AUGGAUAAAGCUGAGAUCGAGAAGAAGACCGAAUUGGUGAAAAAGAUACCUUCACCAUAUGACUUGCAUGCAAACGAUAAUUCAGGAAAUUUGAUUAGAGGAAGAAAUGGAGGUUUUCGAGCAAAUGCAAUGCAAGUGAAUGGAGAAACCAAUGGGACUAAUGAAAAUGCAUUGAGUGGACUAAGAUCUGAACAAUGGAAAACUCUAAAGGAUUUGUUGAACAAUCACAAAGGAACCACAAGUGACAAAAUGACAGGUAAACAUAGUGAGUGGAUCAUAGACACAGGUGCCUCUAGCCACAUGACAGGAAACUUGAGUUUAUUAUGUGGGCUGAGAGACGUAAUUGGGUGUCCAGUGAGACUUCCAGAUGGAAAACAACUGAUGGCAAACAAAGAAGGGACAGUGACACUUGAUGGAGGAUUGAAAGUGGAAAAUGAUUGCACUUCGAAGAUGCUGAUUGGAGUGGGUGAACAACGAGAUGGACUUUACUUCUUUAAAGGAAUCCGAAGUGAGAAAGCACACAAAGCUAAUGGAACUUGUGAACUUAAUCUGUGGCAUCAACGCAUGGGGCACCCUUCUUUCAAGGUCACUAAAUUAGCUUCCAACAUGAGAUGUGAUAGCGAUAUUUUGAAGAACAAACCAUGUGAUAACUCCCUCUUCUUGUGGUGCUUCAUAUUUUUUGACAAUAAUGGAUGA